CUGGGUCUGGAGGUUUCCUGAGUACCGCUACCAUAUAUAUAUAUAUACAUAUACACUAGAAGAUCAUUUUUAUCGUUGUUUGCACUUGCUGGACGAGUAUUAGGGUUUUUUGUGGUUUAAUAUUGCAUUUCAGUAAUGGCCAAAGACGACGGACCUAAUUGGGAAGGAUUGCUCAAGUGGAGCCUUGCUCAUUCUGAUGGAACUCGUUCCAAUCGAAAUUUGAGUGAGGAGGACCGAAGAUGGUUCAUGGAAGCUAUGCAGGCCCAGAGUGUUGAUGUUAUCAAAAGAAUGAAGGAGAUAACUCUUGUUAUGCAGACCCCGGAGCAGGUCUUGGAGUCUCAAGGUGUGACUCCUACAGAUAUUGAAGAUAUGCUAGAUGAGCUACAGGAGCAUGUUGAGUCCAUUGACAUGGCUAAUGAUCUCUACUCAAUUGGUGGUUUGGUUCCACUUCUUGGAUAUCUGAAGAAUUCCCAUGCUAAUAUUCGAGCUAAGGCUGCAGAUGUUGUAACUACAAUUGUUCAAAACAAUCCCAGAAGUCAACAACUGGUCAUGGAAGCAAAUGGCUUUGAGCCCUUGCUCUCUAAUUUUACAUCUGAUCCUGAUGUUACUGUUCGUACCAAAGCACUCGGUGCAAUAUCCUCUUUAAUCAGGCACAACAAGCCAGGAAUUGCUGCCUUUCGUCUGGCCAAUGGAUAUGCUGCUUUGAGAGAUGCUUUGAGUUCCGAAAGCGUGAGAUUCCAAAGGAAAGCCCUUAACUUGAUUCAUUAUCUACUGGGAGAGAAUCAUUCAGAUCGCAGUGUGGUAAGCGAGCUAGGAUUUCCUCGCAUCAUGACACAUCUGGCUUCCAGUGAAGAUGCAGAGGUACGAGAAGCUGCAUUUCGAGGCCUUCUUGAGCUUGCUCAAGACAGGACAGAUGGGACCAACUGUAGUUCGGGUGAAGAAGAUGAGAAACUCAAACAAAUUCUUCAAGAUCGGAUCAAAGGUAUCAGUUUGAUGUCACGUGAGGAUCUUGGGGCUGCAAGGGAGGAGAGGCAGUUGGUGGAUUCUCUUUGGAAUGCAUGCUAUAAUGAGCCAUCAUCUCUUCGAGAGAUGGGCCUUCUCUUUCUUCCAGGGGAAGAUGCACCUCCACCUGAUGUUGCCAGCAAACAUUUCGAGCCUCCUCUUAGAGCUUGGGCGGCGAAUCAACCAGCUGAUAAAACUGAAAAGAAAGAGAAGACCCCUUUGCUAUUGGGUCUUGGUCCUCCAUCUGAAAAUGCACCUGUUCAAGGUGGUGGCUCAAGUGUGGAUGCGGAUGGGGAUGUAGGUGAACAAAGGAACUCCACUACAUAAAGCUGUAAAUGUAUGCUGAAGGAUUGAUUAUUUUGCUUGAGUUAGAAUUUGUUGUUGAUGUUUUGUACUAUAAAUAUGAAGCCUUAUUUUGCCAUAUUUUCCUUGA